AUGUCUCAAAGCCCAUCUCCCUCCAGUCAGACGGACACUAUGGUGUCCAUUCGACUGGAUGGCCUCAUUGGCAUCUUGCAGGGUCUUUGUCUCGACGACAGGACAGCAAUAUCAGCUGCGUUGCAGGCUGGCACCAGUCCAAAUGUUACCGAAGGGCCUGUUGCCAGUCUCACAGCUCCUUUGGGCAGUGAAGAUCCCACAUCUGCUCCAGAUGAUUCCCCUGCCAUCAUUGCAGCUCCUCCUGCUCCUGCCCCCGCCCCAGCCAUAGGACAUGAGCAUGAGCCCGUCAUCAUCCUCACGCUCAAUGACGGGGACUCAUCCGACGAUGAGGAUGCUGCUAAUGCAGCUACGUCCCUCGCUGAUAAUUCCACCCUUCAGUAUCACAACGGCACGUACUUCAAUGUGCCCAUUGAAGUCACCGCCCCACUGUACUACAUAACGAGGGGUCGUUAUAUUGGGGUCUUCUCAGGAUGGGAUGCUACUGGCCCCAAGGUGCUCGGGGUUUCAUGCGCCAUAUAUCACAAGGCAGAAUCUCUUGAGCUUGGUAUUGGGAUUAUGAAGCGCGCCAUAGAACGCGGUGAGGUGGCACAGGUAGUCUAG